AUGACUCCUCUUACUGGCAUCAUCUUCUUUUCCUGAUCAUUCCUAUUCUCAGUCCCGGACUCCCACUCUCACUCCCAUUCCUGCCUGGUUUAGCAACCAUUCGUUCCUUGAUUCCUACUUUGAUUCCUCUGCUUUGUUUCCUCUCCCCCCCCCCCCCUCACACACACACACUCUCUCUCUCUUUUUUACGCUUCCCCACUCUCACACCACAACUCCAUGACCCAUGGAGUCGCAGCACACCCUCAGCAACCCUUGGUCCUUCAACCAGACACAGGGACGCGACUCUGACGACGACCUGCAACAUACAUUCAUAAAGGACCUGCGCUUCGGACGGAGGCGGGAUUCAGGCGACCAUCGCCACUAUUCAUAUGCCAGCUCAACAACGAUCGCGCCAGAGCCCUUCGAAGACGACAGCGACAGCCUCUUCAGCUCUUCGCCACAAAAACAAUCCAUUGAUCCAGACUUAGUCAAGCGAUCAGCAUCUCCCAUAGCAGAACCAGAGGCAGUAGUAGCAUCAUCAGAAGUAGAAGUAGAAGCAGAAGGAGGGUCCCAUUCACGGACAUGGUCCAGUGAGAGUGACAUCGUUGGCUCGGCACUCGUUGAAGCAGUACAUGUAAACGAUCAUAUACAAUCCCUCGACAACUUGUUCAACUCGACCCUGGACCGGGACCAGGCGCCAUCUAUCUCUUCAAUGGCGGACUCCACAGCUUUGACGAUAACAAAGAUGCGCGGCAAUGACAGCGAUCCCUCAGCAAAGACUCUCUCAGACUCUGGAGUUGGUCUAGAGACAAUGGGCGGAGUCGGUUGUCAUUGGCCCGAUAGUCGCUUUUUAUUCAACGCGCAGAUACACCCUCCUUCUCCCUGCAGUGCACCCCGCAUGGCUGUCACUUCCAUGCAAUAUGCCCCUAUUGAUAUCCGCUGGUGAUCCUUUUGUUGAUCCUGUUCCUCUAGGGGGAUGUCCUUGAACACCUGGUGCAAAGACUGCAGUCGGAGGUAGCCGAUACUCGAGCCAUUGUGUUUGAUCUUGAGAGCAGACUCAACGCAGCCGAGAAUUCGAAC